ACCACUCCGAACCUAACACCCUCGCUGUCUCCGAGCAAAGACAUGUCGCUGAAACACAGGGGAAUCCCCUCUCACAGCCACUUAAGACAAAACAAGAUACUCUAAUAUAUUUUAUAUAUUUAUUUAUUUAUUUUUAUUGACAAAUCCCCUUAAUUCAAGUGCUAUGAAUCUUCGUUCCGAAUACUGAUCUACCUUCCUUUUCUACGCCGGAUGGCAUCGGAUUCCGGAUCGGUGCCGUCGAAGUAGGCUUUUCUGUUUCCGAAACAGCUUAAGCUGAAGAAGUAGAGGAAGAAGACGGAAGUCAGAUAUCCCAAGUACAGAGAUGUGGAACAGAAUGGCUUGCAGUGCAGGGACAUAGAACUCCAUCCCCUGGUCCGUAGGACUUGAUUCAGCUUAUUCCCACAAUACCAGAUCUUUGACUACAAAGCCACAACCACCGUACAAUCCAAAGAAAACUUGUCCUCAUGUCAGUUUUGGAGGGCAAACCAUCGCCUUCUUCGUUGUCGUCGAUACAGGGCGGAGAGAUGGAUCCUUUGUUGAAGGACUUGAAUGAAAAGAAGCAGAGCUUCCGGCGAAACGUGGUGUCGUUGGCAGCAGAAUUGAAGGAGGUUCGGACCCGCUUAGCGUCUCAGGAGCAAUCAUAUGCUAAAGAAACCCUAACAAGACAGGAAGCUGAGACUCAAGCUAAGAACAUGGAGGAAGAAAUUGGGAGAUUGCAGAAGACAUUGGAAGAGAAGAAUGCAAAGCUUCAGGCUUCGGCAUCUACUGCUGAGAAGUACCUCAAGGAGUUGGAUGGUCUUAGAUCACAGCUUUCAGCUACUCAAGCAAUUGUAGAUUCAAGUGCUGCGUCAGCUCGAUCAGCAGAGCUGCAGUGUUUAGCCCUUGUAAAGGAAUUAGAGGAGAAGAACGGUUCACUAAAAGAGCAUGAGGAUCGGGUAGUUAGAUUAGGAGAGCAAUUAGAUGAUCUGCAGAGGGAUCUUCAAGCCAGGGAAUCUUCCCAAAAGCAACUGAAAGAUGAAGUUUUGAGAAUUGAAAAUGAUAUUAUGCAAGCUGUUGCAAAAGCUGGAGUAAACAAGGAUUGUGAACUGAUGAAAAUAUUAGAUGAGGUUUCUCCAAAGAACUUUGAGAAGAUUAAUAAGCUUUUGAUUGUUAAAGAUGAAGAAAUAGGUAAACUGAAGGAUGAAAUCAAGAUAAUGUCUGCGCACUGGAAGCAUAAGACCAAGGAGUUGGAGUCACAGUUAGAGAAGCAACGACGAGCUGAUCAAGAACUGAAAAAGAGAGUGUUGAAGUUGGAAUUCUGCCUCCAGGAAGCUCGUUCCCAGACACGAAAGCUCCAAAGGAUGGGAGAGCGAAGGGACAAAGCCCUAAAAGAACUCAGAGAUCAGUUGGCAGCAAAACAACAAAAUUCAUCUGUGGGUGCUGAGAAACAAAAUUUCUGGGAAACUUCAGGCUUCAAGUUCGUUGUUUCAAUGUCAAUGGUGAUCUUGGUCGUAUUUUCAAAAAGAUGAAACCAUUUGCGAAGUUUGUGUAUAAAGAAUCUAAACCUUUUAGUUUAUUUUGAGGGGUACGGAAGGAUGCAGAGACCAUUUUCCAUGUAGAAAUGCUCAUUAUGAAGGCUCGUGUUAUUUAGUUGA